GUGACUGUGUGCCUAAAAAGCUUAUUCUUUUCUCUAUCUCACUCACUCUGAAACUCUAGCAGGCCAAACACACCAUUAAACGAAGGGAAAGCUUUCCCACUUUACUCCACUUCUUGUAUUUAUUUAUACCCAUCAUUUUUAUAUAUUUGUCUUUCAAACACCAUCAAACCAGACCCAAUAUAUAUUUCAUUUCUCUUAAAACUACUCGCUCUUUCAUUCUGGCUUUCCCUACAAUGGACGUGUUUAGCCUGGUCAAAUUCUGGCGAAAUGCCGGCAUCGGAGACCCCUUAACCUCCACUAACUUGGACAUAAUAUCCGACGACGAAUCUUCAUUCUUCGAUUUAGUCUUCACUAAUAAUAAUAACAAUGACCAAUGUGUGGAUUCUACAACUAUCAACAUCAUUAGUGACUUUCACUCAAGUGACCAUUACCAACAACAACAAGAAGGUUGUUUUUCAAACAUGGAUGGGCUUGACACAAAGUCAAAGUCAAACCAGACUUAUUAUCCCUGUUCAUCUCCACAUUCCAUUUUUUUCAACAAGAGCAAAAUAUUACCUCUAGAUUCCUCCAGUACUACAAAAUCACCUAAAUCCCCAUUUCGUGUUUUGAAAUUGGGCUUUCAAAACAAAAUGAAACAUGAGACUAGAAGUGAAAUAAAAUGUGAUGAUAAACAAGUCACCACUACUAUCAGCUCCUUGCUAAAACGUGACAACAGUAGUUUCCGUAACAAACUUGUCACAUCCGAACAAGAUCACGACCAUUCUUCCAAGCGCUUUUCCAAACAAGUUGUUUACAAGUACUUGAAUAUCAUCAAGCCUUCCAAGCGGUUUCACGAUAAGGUCCGGUUGCCGGAUAACUCCUCGUCAUCUCCGGCCACAACUUCUAUCUUUUCUCCGAGAAAGUACCUCGGUAAGAGCAGGUCAUCCUCGUCGUCAUCCGCCGCAGUUAAACCGGUUCCGUUACCGGCGUUAAGAAGAGAUGAUUCUGCUUUGCAACAACAGGAUGGAAUCCAAAGUGCUAUUCUACACUGUAAAAAAUCCUACAGUAGUAGUUCGCCUUCUCGUGGUUGUCAAGUUUUAUCAAGAUCUGGGAGUGCUCCGUCUCACGGGGCUCGGAUCUCUGUUGAUGAAAAAAAACGAAGCAGCAUCUGACUCUGCUGAUGGCGCGCGGGAAGAAAUAUAGAUAGAUAAAUUCAUGUAUUGUAUUUAUGUUUUAUUUAGUACUCUUCUGCUGCUGCUGCUGUUUGUCAUUAAAAAAUAUAUACAGUAGUUGAAUUUGUGUGAAAAGUUAGGAAAAAUUACAAGUAUGGGGUUAGAAGAUAAAAAAAUAAUUUACUAGGAGGGGGGAGUAGGUUUUUUGAUGUAAAAAAGUAAACAAGGGUGAUGAUUACAUCAUCAGAAUUAUGGCAGGAAGAUUAAAAGAAAUGAUGAAGAAAAUCUUUUGCUUGUGUUGUAUGUUCCACAGUUCCACUCAUCUUUUUCUUGUAAA